AUGGAUGACAGCGCUUGGGUGGGGACCUGGAGGCCUCAUCGUCCAAGGGGCCCAAUAAUGGCCCACUUUACCAGCCCAGGACCAAAGUACGCAAUACAGGGAACAACAGGUUACCUGAAGCACAACCCCACCAAAAGGAAAGCCCCUGCCUACACUUUUAAGGGGGCAAGGCCCUCGCUCCGUGAAGCCUGUUCUCCGGGUCCUCGUUACUAUGUGGAACCCGCAAUGACCAGGAAGGGAAAGGAAGUUGCCCCAGCUUAUACCAUGUGUGGGCGCCCCAAGGUGAAAACUGAGGUCACACCUGGCCCAAGCGAUUAUUCAACAGAGAAGUCAAAAAAGCAUGUUUAUGAAUCUGCUCCUGUGCACUCCAUGUCAUUCAGGACUGGGAGCUUCAGAGUAGACAGCACUCCAGGUCCUGGCGCAUACACUAUCCCUCGGGUGAUGGGACCCAACACAGUGGACAAAACUGCUAGCCCUUGUUAUUCCAUGAAAUGGAAGAGUAAGCUUGGUCGCUUUGAUGAGGAUCUCCAUAAGACCCCAGGUCCAGCUGCAUAUAAAAAGACAGACACUGAUGUGUACAAGAAGAGAGCCCCCAAGUACAGCAUGAGCUCGCGGACUAAGCCUGCAGGAACUGUUAGACAUCCUGGACCAGGAGACUAUUACCCCGGAAAGGUAACACUGACCAAGCCUUGUGCCCCAGUUGUUACCUUCGGAAUCCGACACUCUGAGUAUACAAUGCCUUUGACAGUGGAUGUCUAUUGACCUUCACACAAGCCGCCUUACAGAAACUAAACUUAUUUUUCUAUAUCAUGUUGCUUUAUAUUUUAAAGCUGCCAGUUUUUAUUCAAGUUAUCUUACAAUUAACAAUCAUCUAUCUUCAAACAAGUAAUAAGUUUCUACAAGUUCUAGCACUAAAGGAUGACAAAUAUUCAGAAAAUAAUCACUUGCAAUAUUUUAACUUGCCUCUGGCUAUGAAGGAAUUUUCCAUAUCCCCCCUUAAUGAAGAGGACAUGCUGAAGCUAGCAGUAUUACCUUGGCGUGUGGAUCUUGCUGUAUCUACCUGCUGAGAGUCUGAACCCUGGCACUAGUGCAUUGCCACAUCUGGAUCCUGUGUUCCAGAACCCAGAA